GCGCGCCGAUCUCUUUGGUGGACCUGCGAGUUGGCAACAAGCCCGAGAUCUUCACAGGCGAGGCCAAGGAGUGGAAGAACUGGUCGUUCAAGAUGCGUCAGUACCUGUCGGCGAUAGACGAGACGCUGCACGCGGAGGUGCUCGACGUGGACGCGAACCCGACGAGAGAGCUCACGAUGAACGACAUGGCCGCCGAAACCCAGAGGAGAGCCAGGCAGCUGGCGUUCAUCCUCACCAUGCACACGAAGGACGUAGCGUUGCAGAUGGUCACGAAGCUACCAGAUCCCAGCAACGGCUACGAGAUCUGGCGGAGGUUCUUGGAGGAGUUCGAGCCGGCCCACAAGGGCCGCUUCAGGGCGAUGCUGAUGCAGAUCCUCCAGUACCAGUUCACAGGUGACCGUGGACUAGCCAUCGAGGAGUUCGAGAGGCUCGUCAGGCAGUACGAGGCGCAGUCUGGCGACAUCCUCCAGGAGACCAUCAAGGCGGCGGUGAUCUCGAACAACCCUGAGGACCCUGAAUGGAGGAGACACGUCGGCCUCAACGCGACGAGAUUGCAGGACUACGCGUCGCUGAAGGACGAGUGGAAGGCGGUUCACCAAGCGGAGAGGCGUUGGGGUGUCGAUGGCGACUCGGCUCCCAUGGAGGUGGACGCGCUUACCUCGAAGGGCAAGGGCAAGCGCAAGGAUUGCCCGAAGUUCACCGCGUGGCUCGAGGAGAAGAAGAAGGCGGGACACGCUGGAGGCUCGGGGACGGCCGCGGCGCUCAACACGGUGCAGCAGGACGACGGCUGGGUGUUCAUGGUUGACGAGGAGUUCGAGGGCGACGAGCUGUGCGAACUCAUCAUGGUCGACUCAGGCGCCUCGGCAAACGUAUGUCCUCGAGACCACGUGCCCGAGAACGGCCUGCGAGAGGAAGCACGUCCGAGGCGCAUGACAACGGCGACUGGCGAGCUGAUUGCGCAGCAUGGGCGACGUCGGGUUUCAUAUGAGACGGAGUUCGGUAAGAUCACGACGGACUACAGGGUGCUAGACGUGAAGAGGCCGAUCUGGUCGCUGGGCGCGAUGAUCGAGUCGGGGUGCGACGCCUACUUCACGAAGAGCAAGUCGUGGAUCGUCAAAGAUGGCAAGGAGUUGGAGCUGAUCAGGAAGGGCAACUUGUUCUACGCGAUCGCUCGGCCUUCGAAGAUCGGAGGCUCGAACGCGCUGGAGCUCAACCCUUUGACGCAGGCGGAGAUCGAGCAGAGAGCGCUGGCCAGAGAGCACGCGGCGUUCGGGGCGGCUGGACCAGCAGCCGAGGCCACGCUUGCAGAAGAUGGGGAUCCAGCAGUUCGCAUCAAAGUGCCGACAGGACCUGCCACGCCGACGGCAGAGGAACGGGCUCAACACGAGUCCGCGGGGCACGUGCCCUACAGGAGCUGGUGCAGUCACUGCGUGGCGGCGAGGGCGGCGGACAAACCUCAUCGACGAAGCGAGGACCCGACGGGCCUGAGCGCAGAGGAGGCAGCGAUCCCACGCAUCGAGUUUGACUUCGCGGAGAUCGGACGAGAAUCAGAUGCAAGCCCUGGCAUUCCGUCCCUCAACGGAGUAGACGUCGGGUCGGAGAGCUUGUCGGCGACUCUGUGCCCCAGCAAGGCCUUCAGCGAGUACCUGGUGGAGACGAUCCUGGCGUUCGUGGACGCGCUGGGCCACAACGCGGUGCUGCUUCACUCGGACCAGGAGCCAGUGCUAGUGCAGUUGCUGAAGGCGGUGCAGAGCAAGAGGGUGAAGCGGACUCUGGUCAGGCAUGGGCCGAGAGGCAGCCACCAGAGCCAGGGCAAGAUAGAGGGCGCCAACAGGGUCAUCAACGGCGUCCUGAGAGCGAUCUGGAUCAACAUGGAGGAGCACAUGGGCGAGAAGGUGUCGACCGACAGCAUCCUGAUCGCCUGGGGGGUCAGGCACGCGGCAUGGAGCUUGACGAGGUUCCAGGUGAAGAGCGACGGCCGAACCCCCUACGUGCGGAUCUUCGGCAAGGCCUACGGCGGGGAGGUGCUUCCCUUCGGCGAGCGCGUGAUGUACAAGUACACGGCGGUGCCCAGCGGCAACCUGGACCAGAAGUGGGCGCACGGGGUGUGGGUCGGCAAGGCACCGCUGACGGACGAACACCUCGUCCUGACCGUGGACGGCGUGAAGAAAGCGAGAUCGGUACAUCGACUGCCAGUUGACGAGCGGUACGUAAAGGAGGAGCUGGCGAAGGUGAAGGGUCUGCCGUGGAACGGCACGGCAUCGGAUCUGAAGGCGCCGAUCGUGUCGCAGCAGGACCAGGGGCCAUCAGGGCACAGGAGGCUCUACCUGACGAGGGCGAUCGUGCAGAAGUACGGGCCUACGCCUGGGUGCUCGGGCUGCGCGGGGCUGGGGCCACAUACCGAGGUGUGUCGAGCGAGGCUGGAGAAGAUGGUGGCAGACGCGGCGGCAGGGCCGAGAGGCAUCGCAGUCGGCACGCCGCUGGCGGCGAGACCAGACCCAGGGCCGCCCGCAGGCGCUGCAGAACCAUCGUCGGCAGCGAGCGGCGACGCUCCCAGGACACCAGCUGGGGGCGACGGCAGCGGAGGAGUCGCGGCCGAGAACAUGGAGGUUGACAGAGCGGACGCUUCGACACAGAGAGGUAGGCCCGCGGCGGUGGCCUUUCCGCAGGAGGCCCCCGAGCGCCCGACGGCGAAGGUGAGGUCUCAACCCCCUGUGGCGAUCCCAGCCGUGGGAGGCGCAGGCACGGUCGUCGUCAGCGAGAGCGAGGCGAGGUCCAGCACAGACGACGUGAUGAUCGGGGGCCUGCACGUGAUCGAUGGCGUGGACGUGGUGGCGAUGCUCAUCCCAGAGGAGGACGAGUGGAGGCUCGCGGCGAUGGACGACGGCAACUUCGAGACCACCACCGACGACAGCCAGAGCGACAUGAUCGGCGAGGUGAACUACGAGGACACCGCGUCGGCGGAAGGGAUCGUGGCGUACGACUCGAGGACUGGCGAGCAGCUGGACAGCGAAGAGGUGCGCAAGGGGAGGUCCAAGGAGCUGCGCGACCUGGCGGAGUUCGAGGUGAAGAUCGAGGUGGACGAGUCCGAGAUGAUCAGCAAGCCAGGGAAGAAGAUCUGGUCGAAGUGGGUGGAGACGCGGAAGGACCCGAACAGCGCCGAGGUCAGGAGCAGGCUGGUCGCAACCGAGAUCAACACAGGCGAGGUUAGGACGGACUGCUUCGCUGCGACGCCGCCGUUGAAGUUCGUGAGACUGAUACUGGCGUGGGCGGCGAGUUACAGUCCCAGAAGGAACAGCGCGGGGGUCAAGAUGAUCCUGUUGCUGUUUGACAUCUCUGUGGCGUUCUUCCACGGCCUGGUGCGGAAGGUCCUGUACGUGGUACCGCCGAAGGACCUGCGCAAGAAGGGCAAGGUGUGGAGGCUGCUUCGGAGCCUAUAUGGAACGAGGGACGCGAGCCAGGUGUUCCAGACGUACGUGGCGGACAACCUGAGCGAGCACGGCUUCGACAGGAACGCGGUGGUCCCGUGCUUGUACUGGAGUAGCGAGCUGGAGGCGCUGGGGGUUCACUGGGGCGAUGACUUCAUCUACGCCCUGCCGAACGACAGCGCCGACGACCUCGAGCAGCUGAUGAGGGAAGUGUUCAAGGUGAAGAUCUGCGAGCGCGUGGGGCCCAACUGCAAGUCCAGUGCGGCGUUUCUGCACAGGACGCUUUCAUGGAGUUCGAAGGGUUUCACCUGGGCGCAUGACCCGACUCACACCGUGGCGAUGGCCAAGGCUUUCGGCUUCGACGGGCAGACACGCUUAGACCAGGAGAAGUGGGUCGUGACGGUCGCGCCGGGCUCCAAGACGGUGGGCAAGACUCGUGAUGCUGCAGACCCCCUUGACGAAGAAGGAGCAGCACUAUACCGAGCACUCGUGGGGACGGCGCUCUAUGUCGGCCAAGACCGUCCCGAGGCGCAGUACGCGACAAAGGAAGUCGCUCGCCACAUGUCGACGCCAACGAGAUCGGCGUGGUGUGCCCUCAAGCGAUUGUGCAAGUACUAUUCGGAGGUGCCGUUGCUCGUGUGGGAGUUCAAUUACCAGAAGAUGCCAGAGGACGUGAGAGUGGUCACGGACGCGAACUGGGCUGGCGAGCUGGAGGCAUUGCGUUCUACCUCGGCUGGCUGGGUAUACUUCGGAGGCCACCUGCUCGAAGCCUAUUCCUCGACGCAGCAGAUAGUGGCCUUAUCGACGGCGGAGAGCGAGUACAUAUCAAUAACAAAAGGAGCUGCACAUGCAUUGGAGGUCAGGAGCGCGCUCGCCGAGUACGGCUGGGUCAAGAAGGUGAUCUGCGAGGCGGACUCGUCAGCUGGACGGUCGAUGGCCACAAGACGUGGCGUGGGUCGAGUGCGUCAUCUAUACGCGCGCCUGUUGUGGCUACAAGAGUUGUGCGCAGACGGCACGAUCGAGAUGCGCGUGAAGCCUGGGGAGUCCAACGAGGCGGACCUGGGCACCAAGAUGGUCGACAUACAGAGGGUGACCAAGUUGAUGAAGACUACGUCGCUGCGGCCUCCUGGGGGCUGGGGCUGCUGGGUUGUGGCAGCGGCGCUGGAGAAGGCGACUGCAGCAAACGACUGCAGCGUCGACUUGGUCAAGUACGACGGGGAGAUGGAUCGGACCAGCAGGAGUGUCUUCGAGAGCUGGGUGCUGGUAGCCCUCAUCGGCAUGGGCGUGCUCUCGUUGAUCCUGGGGCUCGCGUGUGGCUAUGCCGUGGGAAGGUGCUGCUCGCCGAGGAGCGCCACUGGCGAACGGCGCAAUGUGGAGUCCACGCAGACGGAGGAGCUCGAGAUCAUUCCGUACUGGGAGUGGCUGCUGAACGACCUGCAGAAGGAGCUGCACUCCAGGGGCGUGAAGGCGAUCCCGAAGCUGAAGGGCCACUGCAUCCAGAAGCUGUUGGAGAUUGACCAGGCGGACGCCCUCGUCCUCCUGCAGGUCGACGUGGCGCUGCACGACUCGCGGGCCGCCGGAGGCACCAGGGACAUCCAUAACGCAGGUGCCGGCGCGUGCCUGCAGGUGCAGGACCAGUACUGCGAAGGUCGAGCGGACCUCCACGUCGGUUCCCCCGAAGGGCUUGACCUGGGCUCCACGAGGACCAUUCAGUUCCUUCUCAAUAAGGACCACGAGCUAGACCCCACCUGCCAGGCCAACUUGCUUCCCCUUGGCAUGUGGCACCAGGCCGUUCUCCAGAGCUGGCUGCCUCGCUCCAUGCUGCACAAGUGCUGGAAGCGCUACCAACCGCCACUGAUCACUGUCAUCAGAGGGGAGCUCCAGUGCUUCCGUAAAGGUGGCAACCCAGAGACAGCUACCUUUCUCAGUGGUGUCAUCGCUGGUGGGUAUCCGUGUCAGGGACAGCUCUUCAGGGCCAGAAGAGUCACCGCCCCUCAUUGCUUGGCUAGCGGGCAGGCGGAGGGGGCCCCGAAGCACAGGCUCUACGCGUGCCUAGGCUUCACCUGUUCCGUCGUGACCUGGGCCUGGACCAGGUUGUUCGUGACGGUGUAG